AUGCUCGCUAUCGAAGCCGCGAUGCGCUCGCUCCUAGUAGCAGCGGCGCUAUCCCGGCCAACAACCGCCCAAACCAACCCUCCAAUGCGCAGAGCCUACAGCACAGACACCAACGUAACCCUAUCCUUCAACUCCGGCGGCCCCAACCACUGCCCCCGGAACGGAUCCAGCGACACCAUCACCUUCUCCACCUUCUUUCCCCUGGACCUCUAUGGCGACCAACAAGCCUGCUUCAACCUCGCCGACGUCUUCGGAAGCAACAAAAGCGUCCAGAGCAACUUCGGCGGUUUCGAGGCCAGCGGUCUCAAGUACACCAAUCUCACGUACGGGUACUCGAUCUACGGCGCCGAGAACUACGACCCCGGCACCAACUACUCCACCGUGCUGUACCAUCAAUACGGGAUCGACGCCGGAGACUCGGACGAGUGGGAUCAGAGCGAGUACGCCCCUCGCUACGUGCAGUUCUACCCAGGCAGAGACUGCGAUCAGGCUGGUGAUGCGCAGGGGAAUCUCGUCCCGUGGUUCCAGAGUUCUUGUCGAGCGAAGCACGAUUGCGAGCAGGCGCCGGCUAGUAUUAAGAGCUUUAUCAUCGGGACGGUGACGGAUGAUUAUCCGUAUCCGAAGCAUUGUAAUUUGAUGUCCGUGUACGAUGCUGCGACCACGACGAGACCGGUGUUGGCGGCGGUGGUGGGAUGUGUGGCGGUGGUUGCGUGGUUUGUAGGGCUGUGA